AUGCGCAUGGAUCAUAGCAAGGUCGAGCAUUCGCUAAUCGAAAUCAUUCGCAACGCGUGGCUAAAAUCCACUAUCCUUAUUCUUAACAUAUACAGCUCCUCCAGGGAUCAAAGACACCGCUUCCCGUCCCUCGUGGCGAAGGCCGCGGGGCUGGCGGUGGGCUCACCGCUGGUGGUCGCGGGCGACUUCAACGCCCCGCACCGCGAGUGGGGCUACCUGUCGUCGACCGCGAAGGGGAGCGACCUCUACCAAACAGCCGCCGAUCACGCACUUGUACUCUUGACGGACCCGGCCUUCCCCACCAGAACGGGCACUUCGAUCACCAGGGACUACACGCCUGAUCUCACCUUCGUCAAGGGGGUGGGACCAGCCUCGUGGAGUAACCUGCACGAGAACUUGGGUAGCCAUCACUGCAUCCUGGCUACCUCCUUCGAGGUGUCGAGCAGCCCCCCCCCCCCCCGCGAAUUUAGGGUCACGGAUUGGGACCUCUUUCGAAAAAUCAAGGAUGGCAAGAUGGCGGAUCCCACAGACCUUUAA